AUGCCUGUUAAAGAUUGCGAUGCUAUUUUCAAGGGUAGAUGUUGUUGUUUCCGUAGGCCUGCAUUUGAUGAUGCGGCGUUAUGGUCCGAGUCUGUGGACAAACUCCUGGAGUGCAAAACUGGCCAAGCUGCAUUCAGAGAGUUUUUGAAAAGUGAAUUCAGUGAAGAGAACAUUUUGUUCUGGUUAGCCUGUGAAGAGUACAAGAAAGUGAAAUCCACCAGUAAAAUGAACGCCAUGGCAAACAAGAUCUACUCAGAAUUUGUCAAAGUGCAAGCUCCCAGAGAGAUAAAUAUUGACUGUGGAACCCGAGACAGCAUAACCAAAAGCAUUUCAUCACCAAACAUUAAUUCUUUUGACAACGCUCAGAAAAUUAUCUAUAGUCUGAUGGCAAAGGACUGUUACCCCCGAUUCCUAAGGUCAGACCUCUACAAGGCACUUCUCAAAAAGUCACAAAGCAGAAACAAGGAGAGAUGAGUUGUCUUUUUUUUGUUAAAAGUUUGUCAAAUUUGCUGUAUAGUGCAAGUAAUUAAAUGUAAAACCGAUAUGCAGUGAGAAAUAGCUGACUGUGGAGUUGUAAUUUUCCCAGAAUUCCCUGUAUUUUGGACUCUUGGUGGUGCUGCAGAUACUGUGUUUUCAUGUCAAUGUUUUGUAUGAUUUAGACCUUGGCUCUCCAUUUUUUAUUACAGUCUUAUAAUCAUUUAUACGUUCUCCCCUAACAGUACUUCUUUAAAGUUUGAUUGGAAAGGCGCUGCCGUUCAGUUGAAAAAAUCCUUAAUAUUGACAGAUGGCUAAAGGGUGGUGGGCAUGAAAGGCAAAUAG